AUGAAUCAGCUAAACGUGGACUGGGAGCGUGUUGCCGUAAUCUGGCAGACUGCUUCACCAGCCUCACGAGUAAUCGUCACCCUCAGUGCCCUCUCACUCACAGCCUUUUUCAUCUCAAUUAUCUACGAACUCUAUUUCUCCCCCCUUUCCAAAUUCCCAGGCCCAAAACUCUGCGCCAUCUCGCGAAUUCCCCAUCUCAUAGCAACAGCCAGCGGCCGUCAACUCCCCUGGCUUAUCAAUCUCCACAACAAAUACGGAGGCGUCGUACGUAUUGCCCCAGAUGCUCUCACAUUCACUGAUGAGCGUGCCUGGGCUGAUAUAUGCGGUGCAUCCAAAGCUGCAAAAGAUGGCAUGGCUAAAGAUCCUCGUCUUGCAGCUUUGGUCGGCGGUGAUUUGGUGAAUCCUGAUCCAGCAAAGCCGAGAUCGCAGCAGACUCAUAGCAUUAUGAGAAAGGCCAUGGUUCCGGCGCUGAAGCGUGAGAAUGUUAAGAAGCUUGAGGGCAUGAUCAACGGUCACAUCGAAGAGUACCUCUCGGCUUUGCAGAAAGCCAGUGAAAGGCAAGAGGCUGUUGAUAUGCGCGAUAUGAACAGCUUUCUCAUCUGUGACCUUAUCGCGGAUCUCUUCCUCGGAGAGUCUCUGCAUCUCUUCACUGUCCCAGAGUUCAUCCCUUGGGUUCACUCUUUCGAUCGCUUUGCUCGUGGCGUCACCAUCCUCGCUGUUCUCAAUCGCUUUCCAUUCUUACACAAAUUCCUUCUCUUUGCUGUUCAUCGCUGGGGAAGUGGUGAACGAGACUCUUUCAUGGCACCCAUCUUUGCACGCUUUGAUCGUCGUGUAGCUCUUACUUCAGCUCGACAUGACAUGCUGCAAAUGGUACUCGAUGGAGACUCAGAGGGUACUGGGCGUCAGGGAACCAUGCCUCUUGACCUUCUUCGAGAGUUUGCACCAUUCUUGAUGCUUGGCGGUUGCGAGGCUAUGCCUACUGUGCUCACUGGCUUUGUCUACUUUGUCUUUCGAAAGAAGAGUACAGAUAUCAAGAAAAAGCUUCUGGAUGAGGUUCGAGGCGCUUUCUCUAGUGAUUUUGAUAUCACAAUGGACAAGAUCAGCCAGUCUCAGAAAGACCUUCCAUACCUUGAAGCAUGCCUUCAAGAGUCAAUUCGCUGCUACUCCCCCGCUGCAACCGGUACAGACCGUGUAGUACCUGCAUCUGGGGCUCAAAUCGCUGGCCGCUUUGUGCCCGGCAACACAGUGGUCAUGAUGUUGCAUCAAGUCACCUACUCAGUCAAUCACAACUUCUCGAGAGCUGCUGAGUAUGUCCCCGAGAGAUGGCUUCCUGAAGGAAAGGGUCGGCCUCAGGAUUGUAUCAAUGAUGUGAAGGGCAGUGUUCAUCCGUUUUCUGUUGGGCCGCAGUCUUGCUUCGGACAAGAACUGAGCUUUUAUGUUUUACGGUUGGCGUUGUGUAAACUCUUGUACCGCUUUGAUAUUGAGCUUACACCUGAGUCUGAGAGUUGGGUUGACGGGCAGCUCACAUUUGGUACGAGGUCAAAGCCUCCGCUGAUGGCAUACGUCAAGGAAGCAUCAACAUAG